AUGAAUAAGAUAAAAAACAAUACCGUUAUUUUUAUAAUUUUAAUUUUAACAAUCUUUUAUGAAAGUGUUUUAUCCAAAGUAAUCUUUGGACCUAAUACCCCUCAACCUAUUCAAAAAGAUUUAGAAUUUAAUUCAAAUGGUAAAUUUAAAAUAAUUCAAUUCACAGAUUUACAUUAUGGUGAAGCAGAUUAUAAAGAUGAUUUAUCAAAUCAAGUUCAAAAUGGAGUAUUAACAGCAGAACCAGAUGGUGAUUUAGUUGUAAUGACAGGUGAUUCAGUUAGUGGAUAUGCAUGGAAUGGUACAGAGGGUUGGUUCAUUGAAAAAUGGAUUCAUUUGGUUGAACCAAUGAUUAAACAUAAUAUACGUUGGGCAUUUACAUUGGGUAAUCAUGAUGAUGAAGCUGAUUUAGAUCGUGUUCAAAUCGUAGAGUUGGAUAAUACUUUUAAUUUAAGUUUAACUCAAAGAGGUCCAUCAGAUAUUAGAGGUGCAACCAACUACUAUUUACCAAUUACUGAUCCUUCAAGUGGAGAGGUUGCAACCAUACUUUACUUUUUCGAUAGUGGUGAUGAUAAUUGCCAAGGUGUCGAAGGCUGGGGUUGUGUUUACCCAGACCAAAUCGAAUGGUAUCGUACAGUCUCAAUGGGACUACGUGAAAAGUAUGGUCGUGUAGUACCUGCAAUUGCUUUCAUGCACAUCCCAAUUCCAGAGUACAUGGAUAUGUGGAAUUUUUAUCCUGUAAAUGGUAGUUUAUACGAUACUGGUGUUUGCUGUUUCUCUGUAAACACUGGUUUAUUCGCAGCUUUCAAAGAGAUGGGUGACAUCAUUUCAAUGCAUUGUGGUCAUGACCACGACAAUGAUUUCAUUGGUGAAUACAAUGGUGUUCAAUUAGGUUAUGGUAGAAAAUCGGGUUAUGGUGGUUAUGGUCCCCCAACUGGUUGGAAACAUGGUGCUCGUGUUUUAGAAAUCACAGCUAAUCCAUUCUCUAUCUCAACUUAUCUUCGUUUUGAUGAUGGUUCAACUGAAAUCACUCCUUCCUCUCAUUUACCACAAGCCAAAGAACAAUACAAUACUUGUUGUGAUACUUAUGGUUUUGUAAAUGUAACUGGUAACUCUUAUUCAAAUUGUAAAUUAUAUGAAGAGAACUUUUUAUCUGAAAAUCCUUUCUUAUUUGAAAUUAAUCAAAAUCAUCAUAAAAAGAUAAAUAAUAAAAAAUAA